AUGCAAUUGCUUAUACCAGAAUCGAGAAUCGUAUUUGCAUCAUUCUUUAUCUUUGGGCUCUUGAAUAAUAUCCUAUAUGUCGUGAUUCUCUCUGCUGCCAUUGAUCUCGUGGGGCUGGCGACCCCCAAGGCUACGGUGCUACUAGCGGACAUAAUACCUUCUUUUACAAUAAAGGUGAUGGCUCCAUUUUUUGUGGGGUUGAUAUCGUAUCGGACGCGGAUAUGGAUGUUGGUGGGAUUGUCGUCUUUCGGGAUGUUGGUUAUCAGCUUGACGUCAGACGAAUCGAUCAACGCGAAGAUCGUGGGGAUUUGCAUGGCGUCCUUGUCGUCGGGACUUGGCGAGGUGACUUUUUUGCAGUUGACGCAUUUCUACCAGAGAGAGUAUUCGAUUUCAGGGUUUUCUAGCGGGACUGGGGGCGCUGGGUUGCUCGGAAGCUUUGUGUUCAUGUUGUUGACUAACAUGCUUGGGAUGAAGGUGUGGGUGGUACUUCUUUUGUUUGCAGUUCUUCCGCUUGGGUUUCUAAUGGCGUUUUAUGUGAUGUUGCCUAAGGCUAGAGGAGGAGGUGGCGACGAACCAGGUUAUGAGGCACUUGAUAGUCUUGAUGAGAGAAGCGACCCAUCCAGUAACGCCAGCUUCUCGCUGUCACAGACCGUGCUGUUAAAGGGCCAUGUAGUUUCUACGAUAAAGAACAUUCUCCCGCUAAUAAGGCCAUAUAUGCUCCCGUUGUGUUUGGUGUAUGUGUCAGAAUAUAUCAUAAAUCAAGGUAUAUCCCCUACAUUGUUGUUCCCUCUCGAUGAAUUGCCGCAUUGGCUAUUUUCGUCAUAUAGAGAUAUAUAUGUUGUCUAUGGCUUCAUGUAUCAAUUGGGGGUCUUUGUAUCGAGGUCGUCUAUCAGUUUUGGAAUCAGAAUCAAACGGUUGUACUUAUUAUCGGUACUACAAUUCGCAAAUGUCGUCAUCACCGUAUAUCAAUCUGUGCACGAUAAGCCAUUCUCAUCUGUAUGGUUAUUAUUGGCGUUGAUAUUUUACGAAGGAUUACUUGGUGGCUUUCUGUACGUCAAUACAUUUAUGUCUGUCAGCGAGGAAGUUUCCAAAAGCAAGAGAGAAUUUAGCAUGGGAUGCGUAGGCAUUAGUGAUACCUUUGGUAUAUUACUUGCUGGAUGUAUUAAUUGGUCGCUAGAGCCCCACUUGUGUAGUCUACAGGUAAAUAGAGGUAGAGAUUGGUGUUUAAACGGUGGAAGUGCUUAG